CUCUCCUAAAAUCCUCGCUGGGAUGUCCUGCCUCCCUACCUCCCUCCCUCUCUGCUCCUCCUGUCUCUUUCUCACAGUGUUUUCAGCCUUGGAGAGUGCUGCAUUUCUGACAUUACUGUCUCCAGCUCUAACCUGCUCCGUUCUCAUCUGCAAGAGAGGAGACGACGGAAAGAGAGGACAAGAGACCAGAGGUUGCCGUUUCCAGCUCUAUCCAGCAUCAACAGGCACAGCAGCCGGACCAAACUGCCUCAGUUCCAGAUCUCCCUAAGGUCCACAGGUCCACCACCCCGCCGCCCUCAUGGAGCGCGUCCAGCACAUGACCAAGUCGGCCAUCCGUCGAGCAUCUCAGAUCGAGGUGACCCCCCAGGCCAAGAGGAACCUGCAGGAGCUGUUUGUCAACUUCACACUCAUCCUCAUCUGUCUGCUUCUCAUUUACAUCAUCGUCCUCCUGAGCAGCUGAGAGUGGAAGAGAUAAAUGCAGAGUCUGGCAGAGCUCAAGUGCUGAAAAAGCAAGUUUCCUGAUAAAAUUCAGAUUUUUUUAAAUAAGUCAUUAAAUCUCUGCUUCUCUUGUUUAAUCACAAGCAACAUUAUUCAACAUUUAUUCAAUUUCUCUCUAUGCACUGCAUUAUUCUGAUUACACUUUGUAUAAAUAAUAUUAAACAAGAUGCACAAGUGGGCAACAUUAACAUAUCUCUGAGGUUUGCUUCGUGUUGCUACCAUCACACGCAUGAACGUGGUUAGUUGACUGAGAGACAUAAACGUCACAACUGCUAUUAUUAAAAAGAACAUUUCUACAGCAACAAGUGUGGUUUGACAUGACAAAUUUCUCUUUAUAUGUUUAACCCUUAAGAGGUCCUUUAAUCCACUGAUGCAUUUGCCCCUAAGCUUCCUAAACUGCCGUAAAAGUAAUAUAUAUUGAUUUUUCUCAUCCCAAACAUGUCAGUCUUUUAAAUCUACUUCAGGCUGAAAUAUUUAUAGUAACUAUUAUUUAUAUUUUGGGGUUUGUAAAGGGGGUCUGUAAGUAAAGUUUGGAUUGUUUUAUAAAAGCAAAAUAAGAAACUUAAUUAAUUAAAUAAUUAGCAAUUGGAUGGAAAAGAAAGAUGACUUUGGCACCAUCUGGUGGCAAACAGCUAAAAAUGGAGGACUGGCAGCACAUAACUGGUUGUAAAAUUCAGAUUUAAAAUGUUCUUCCUAGAACUUACAUCUUUUUAAAAUUAAUUUUGGAAGCAACAUUUAGAAAUGUAUCAUAAAGAAUAAGGUGCAUUGGUUUAUGUUUCACAUAUUUUACAAAAAUCCAACAAAAGGUUUCAGCCAAAUCGUGUUAGUGGCAUAAAUAGAAAAUCAAAAAUGCUUCACUUUUUCAUUCACUUAUUAGUCUGCAAUAAAGCAGUUUUAAAGUGUUGAGUACAAAUAAAUCACUUCAUUGCUCAUAAAACACGUCAUGUCAACAGGACUGCAGUCAAGUUUUAUUUCUCACGGUUUGUUGUGUGAAAUUCCUGUAAAUUUGUUGGUGUUCAAUAACUCAAUUUUAUAUUGAAGCAACAAGAUGCGAUGUAAAUGGCAGGAAAAACAUUUUUUGUCAUACCUUUAGUUACGAUGAUUUCAGUUCUAUGCUUGCAAGUCUUUUAUAGACAUGACUUCCUUAUUUAAGACGGAGAAUAAGUAAAAUAAAUGUUUUCAUUUUUUUACUUGAACGUCUGAUUUCUAAACUGUCAAACACAGAAUAAACAGAAUAAUUACAUAUUUGA